GGGCGGGGCCUGGGCAGGGGGCGGGGCCUCGGCGCGGCAUGGCGGCGGCGGUCGUCCGACUUCACCCCGUCCCCGGCGCUGACGGUCUCCCCUCGUCCCCAGGUGCCGACGGCGAGGAGCCCCGGGGCCCCACGGCGACGGAGCAGGGCCCCACGGCGGAGCGGAGCCCCACGGCGACGGAGCAGGACUCAAAGGACGCCAUGGUGGAGCAGGACCCCAAGAUGAUGGAGCAGGAGCCCAAGAUGAUGGAGCAGGAGCCCAAGGUGAUGAAGCAGGACCCCACGGCGAUGGAGCAGGACCCCACGGCGGAGCCGGACCCCGCGGCGAUGGAGCCGGACCCGGCGGCGGUGGAGGCCAUGCUGGCGGCGGUGGCGGGCAGCCGGCUGCGGGUGCGGAGCCAGCAGCAGGGCGAGCCGGAGCUGACGGCGGCCGAGCGGCGGCGGGAGCUGCGGGAGCUCUUCCUCCGCAAGCCCCUGGUCUUCCUCGAGCGCUUCCACGGGGCGCUGGGCGCCGAGCACCUGGGCUGCUUCGCCCACCUGGGCGCCCGCUACGAGGUGGCCUUCUACUGCGAGGAGGUGCGGCGGGCCGCCCGCGACGCCCACCGCCGCCGCCGCCGCGACACCCGCCGCCGCAACCGCCGCUACGCCGCCCUCCGGCAGCUCAUCCAAGGCGGCGAGUACUUCAGCGAGGAGGAGAUGCGGGCGCGGGAGCCGCUGCUCUACGAGCAGUACAUCGGGCAGUACCGCGACGCCGAGGGGGCCCCGGCGCCCGGCCCCACGGCAACGCCCGGCCCCACGGCCGCCCCCGGCCCCACGGCGGCCCCCGGCCCCACGGCGGAGCCCGCCCUGGGGCCGCUGGCCCAGCUGCUGCUGCGCUCGGUGGAGGAGGCGGCGGUGCAGCGGCGUCUGCGCGGGCAGCGGCAGCGCGAGGACGCCUGCGCCGAGGAGGAGGAGGAGAGCGAAGAGGAGGCGGCGGGGGCGGCCCCGGACGCCUGGGUCCCCGACGUGGCGGAGCGCGCCAUGCUGCGCGCCGAGUUCACCAGCCGCAUGCACCAGCGCUUCCUCGACGGCGAGGACGGCGACUUCGACUACAGCCAGGUGGACGACAACCCCGAGCUGGACAACCUGGACAUCGUCUCGCGCGACGCCGAGGAGCGGUACUUCGACGGCGAGGAGCCCGGCGCCGCGCCCGAGCCCGAGCCCGAGCCCGAGGAGGGGACGCCUGGGCCCCUCGCGGCACCGCGGCGCUGCGCCCAAUAAAGGUGACGCCGAGA